AUGCGGCUAGCCCUGUAUUUUAUAUUUAUCACUUCAGUUGAAACAAACAGUGUCUCCUUGAAUAACAUAUUAAAGUUGCUGGAGAAGGAGCUGAACCAUAGGACAGUUCUUCUUUUAGGAAGUUUAAGUCCCAGGAAUUCGUGCUGGACCCAUGAAGCCUUCCGAGAGGAGGUCCCCGUGCUUAACUUCGAUUCAAAUCAAAAUGUCUAUCUGAAAGGUGCAUUUAAUUCAAAGAUACUAGUAUUAGCUUGCCUAAAGGAGAACGAAAAAGGUACAAUGAAGGCCCUCUAUGGCAAUCUCCAGGAUAUGCGAGACACUCCAACCAUACUAUUUGCAUCUUCGUAUAACCACAUUCGUGUUCUGUUCUUGAAUUGUAUCCGUGAAAAAAUGCUCAAUGUGUUGGCACUCAAAGACUCAGAAAGGGAGUUUAUCUACAGCUUUCAGGCGUUUCCAAAAUUUCGCCUUAAAAAACGAAAAGUAAUAGCCGUCCUUCGAUUCUUUGAAUCACAACUCGCGGAUCUGGGGGGCUAUGCGGUUAAGACACUACCCGAUAACUUGAUGCCCCGCACAGUAAUCUACCGAAAUGCAGAUGGAAACCGGAAAAUGGGCGGAUAUCUCAGCCACUUCAUCCGGAACUAUGUGAAGACGAUUAAUGCAUCUCUCCAUGUUUGCUGGCACCUCGUUCCAGAGGAGGGCAUGAGGCAUAUCGGUGAAGUCGUCAGUCUCUCAGAGAUGGAGCACAUUGAUAUUCCGCUUGGCAUUGAUAGCCUUCAUAAUGAGUCAAGCACACAGAUUGUUCCUAUGGAGGUCUCUAGCUGGUUCAUUAUUCUACCCAUGGAGCCUCCCCUCCCUCGAGCUCGUUUCUUCGGUGAGUUCAGAGUGCACUGGCUAAUGCCCGUUAUUGUGCUAGUAACUCUAGUACUGACCAAUGUCCAUCGGAUGGAAGUGGGGUUGAGUCCCAGCUGGCGUUGCUACGACCUGGCAGAUAAGGUCCUCCGAGGAACUCUUGCUCAACCAUUUAUCCUACCCAGAAGACUCUCCGUCAAGUUGAUGUUCCUAUAUUGGUUGGUUCUGAUCAACGGCUUCUUUCUGAGCAACUAUUAUAUGGCCCACUUGGCGACUUGGCUGUUUCACCCACCCACUGUUGAUAAAAUCCUGGACUGGGAUCAAAUGCGCAGCAUGAAGCUGAAAAUCCUUAUUAUCCCAGCUGAGCUAAAAUACUUGACAUAUUCAAUGGGCAAGGGUUUCGUCGAUUCCCAUAGCGACCUCAUUCACCUUACCAACUCGACGGACUUUCAAAGAAGGCGCAUCUCGAUGGAUCAAGCCUACGCCUAUCCGGUUACCCAAUCACUUUGGCCAUUUUUGGACCACUCUCAAGUAAGACUACGGCGGCCCUUGUUCCGCCGAUCGGAAGAGAUGGUUAUUCAGCCCUUCAUCAUUUUGGCCAUGCCGCUGCCAAGGAACUCCGUAUUCUACAAGUCUCUUCUGCGAUAUACGGCUCUGACGCGGGAUAGCGGAUUGUAUUGGUUUUGGCUCAAGCGGAGCUUCACUGAACUAGUGAUCCUCCGUAAAAUCUCAUACAAGGAAGAGAGAUCUAAUGGGUAUUGUGACCUCGAUUGGUGGGACUUUCAGUUCGUUUGGCUGGGCUUUGUGGGAGGAACUAUCUUAAGUUUCUUGGUGUUCGUCUUGGAGCUAGGAUACCACAGGUGGUAAUUGAAGGAAACCUCUCUCUAAAUGGAUUAGCA